GCUGAAGAGUUAAGCGCCAGGCAUCUCCCUCCUUGGCAAGCAUCAAGAUGUGGAGACACAGCCAGGCUCUUCUUCUGCUGCUGCUGUCCUUCUCCUCGGCCCAAAGAGAUCCACUGCAGAGUCAGAUUGUCGGGGGACAUGAAGCCAAGGCCCAUUCCAGACCUUACAUGGCUUACUUGAGCGGUCUUAAGACCAACUGUGGCGGAUUCCUCGUGGCACCCCAGUGGGUGAUGACGGCUGCGCACUGCAAUGACACCUAUACAGUCAUCUUGGGGGCACAUAACAUCACCGUUGAAGAACCGUCUCAGCAAGUGUUCACCGUUGAGGCUAACCACCCGCAUCCUGAAUAUAACAAAUACACCUACUACAGUGAUAUCCGUCUGCUCAAGCUUAAUUCCAAGGCUACUCUCAAUGAAUACGUCAGCACCCUGCGCUUGCCCACAUUCAACGAUGACCUUGCCAAUGGUACCCCCUGCAGCGUGGCAGGUUGGGGCCUGGUUUACAAAGACUGGAUACCAGAAACACUCUACGAGACCAAUGUUACCAUCUAUGGCCGUUGGGAGUGCGGGAAAUUGUAUGCUGAUAUCAGUGAUGCGAACAUCUGUGCCGGGAGACCCGACGAGCCUGAGGAUUCUUCCCAGGGUGACUCGGGUGGCCCCUUGGUGUGCAAUGGCGUGGCACAAGGAAUCGUCUCGUAUGGCUACUCCUGCCCUCCUGGAGUUUACACUCGUGUUGCCCAUUACCUUCCAUGGAUCAAGAAAACCAUGAGGAAAUGAGGAGAAGAGACAUCAGCAACGCUAUGUUUGCUUUUGCUUUUCCAUGCUUGUGCUUGCAUGAAUAACCUGCUUGGCUUGCAUUC